CCUACGAUACUUCCUCGCCCUGCAUCAGUUGAGUUUCCCCGCGGCACGUCGUCAGCUGGCUGUGCGUAAUUCCCCAAGAGCGCACCGGCGGCUGUUUUUGCAUGCCGCUUGUUCCGCGCAGUACCACCGGGAGCGACUGGCUACGUCUCCGACCAGCACUACUUAGAUUUUUAUCAAAUGGGGGGAGCAGACUGCACCAGUGAGAGCCAAACGCCGACAGCGCUUUGAACAGUCGAGCCUUCAGGAGCCGUCAUGUACUAGUGACAGACGGCAGUUGCGGAGCUAGAAGAAGCGGCACACACUGACAAACAUGAGCGGCGGAGAAAUCAUCUUCCAAGGCUGGCUGAGAAAAUCACCACCGGAGAAGAAACUCAGGAGAUAUGCAUGGAAGAAACGCUGGUUUAUACUUCGCAGCGGCCGCAUGAGUGGAGACCCUGAUGUCCUGGAGUACUACAAGAACGACCACUCCAAGAAGCCCAUCCGGGUCAUCGACCUGCAGUGCUGUGUGCAGGUGGAUGCCGGCCUGACUUUUAAGAGGAAGGAGUUCCAGGACAGUUUUGUGUUCGACAUCAAGACGUCCGACCGCACUUUUUAUCUGGUGGCCGAGACGGAGGAAGAGAUGAACAAGUGGGUCCGGUCCAUCUGCCAGCUGUGUGGUUUCAACCAGUCGGACGAAAGCCAUGAUGGCAGGUUACACCAUAUGCCUCGUUCUGUUGGAGCAGAUGGGACCGGCUCAAUGGCUCCCCUGACCGGAGAACGCAAGUCUUCUGCCCCCAUCCAUUCCAGCCAGCCAGUGCUCUUCACCUUUGAUGUGCCUGUGCGCCACUCACACCACAGUUCCCUGUCCAACAGUGCACCCCAGGACUACCUCCUCCUCCAUCAGUGCAUGAGCAGGAAGACAGAAAGUGCACGGAGUGCCAGUUUCUCCCAGGCCACGCGAAGCAAUGUGCUAGUGGGGAGCGACUCUGCGGUGCAGAAACUCUCCUAUGGCUUUUCGCACUGUCUAAACGGAAUGGGCGCUCAGCUGCAUGGCUUCUACAGCCUCCCAAAGCCAGGAAAACACCAGUUGCCGGUGCAUGAUGACUCUUCUCAGGAGGCCUGCUAUGUACUUCCGCAGGGCUACAGCUCUGAGGCACCAGCUCACAGUGGUCUGGGUGACUCUGAACUUGACAGCGAGGAGGUGUACACCUACAAGACACCUUGCAACACCCUUGCCACCAUGCACAGCAACGAGCGCUCACCUGACAAUUAUGACCUUCCCACGCCGCCCGGCUCCUUCUAUCAGAUCCCCCGGACAUUUGAUAAAAAUCACAAUGCCUUGACGCCUUCCAGCUCUGAAUCCUCAUGUGCCCCUCCUCCAAGGCCCCCCAAACCUAGCCAGGGGUCUGAGGGGCAAUGGGGGAGUCCCCAGUCAGUAGGGAGCCAGAAUGGAGAGGUGACGGCUGCAGUGUCAGUCAUCCCACGCAGGAAUACCCUCCCCGCUGUUGAGAACAUCCGGCUUCACAGAGGCUCCUCCUUUGAAACUAACAACCAUCAUCGUCUCAUCCAUUUCAACAACUCUGGCCAGUCGGUGGAGUCUGUAAAUGACGGGUUCAGCUCCUACCUGAGAACCCAAACCCCGCUGACUCGCUCCGACAGCGGCAAUUCAGAUGACAACUAUGUGCCCAUGAAUCCCGGCUCCUCACCACUCAGCGCCGCCCAGGCUGACAGUCCUAAGAAUAUCUACAUUCCUAUGAGCCCUGGGCCACAUCACUUUGAUUUCCCAGGAUUCUCUGCAACAUUACCUGCCCGUAAGGGGAGCAGUGCCUCCUUGUGUCACAGGCCCAGUCGUCUCAGUGACGUUACGCCACCUCCCAUCAACCGCAACCUCAAACCUAACAGGAAAUCGAAGCCAACACCUCUUGAUUUGAAGAACAGUGGGAUCUUUGAUGAACUGCCAUUUAAGAGCCCAAUCACCAUGUCCUGGACACGGCCCGUGCCCUCUAUGAACUCCAUGUCCUCCCAGCAUUGCCGACCUAUCUCUACACAAAGCAUCACCAGCACAGAUUCUGCAGACAGCGAGGAGAAUUACGUGGCCAUGCAGAACCCAGCGUCUACCUCCCCAGCCGUGAGUGGCACCAGCAGCCCAGCCCCUAGGAAGUGUGGCAACGUGGACUACUUAGCACUGGACUUCCAGCCCGGGUCGCCAAGCCCACACAGAAAACCCUCUACAUCAUCCGUGACAUCUGAUGAGAAGGUGGACUACGUGCAAGUUGACAAGGAAAAGACCCAGGCGCUCCAAAGCACAAUGCAGGAGUGGACUGAUGUGCGGCAGUCUACUGAACCUGCCAAGGGCGUCAAAUCCUGACAAUGACCCAUGCAAGAAUGACAAGUUCCCAUCUUAGUUGAAGCGUCUCCAGUUUCAUGCUCCUAUCAUUACUAUGAAUACUGUUUGGGCUUGUUUAAGGCUGAAAUAUUUGGCCAAAAGCCUGUUCUCUGUGAUAAUUAUUACUGCAUCGCACUGCUAUGUAGCAUGCAGGAUAUCAGGCCGUACAGGUGAAGUGCCCUGCCAAAGCUCUUCAUGCAGACUGUUAGAACAGUGUAUGGACAAAUGAUAAUGUGUAUGAAAAUAUCAUCCUUACUAUCAAAGCAUUCGUCACAAAUACAUUUGAUCAAAGCUGUCCCUCCCCGCCCUUUUGCGACAAUUAAUUUAGUUUGCAUCCUGUUGGUAAUUUACUCAAUUGUUGCCAAUUAAGAAAGCGGCAGAGCUAACCGGUCGAUAACCAUAUUAAUAAACUGUAAGGGUAAGCUUCCUUGUCGCAGGAAUGCCAAGAUGCACUCCAAUUUUGGCAUGCAGGCUGACUUUCUCUUUUCACUUCAAUCUACCGUUUGUGCUGAGUCUUGCAGAAGCAGUGAAGAGAUUAUUUUUACUGCGGGCAAUCAUUUCAGCUUAGCAGUGCAUGUCUGGUAAGAGGAGAGGGAAAAAUAUAGCCAUACAAAUAUGCAAAGGCCUGUGUCAGAAGCCCUAAUGAUAACCGUACACGACUGUUGCCUCAGUUUCAAUUAAGUAUGAGCCUGAACCGUAUUUAAAAGCUGCCAGGUUGGAUGGCAGGCCAAAUAUGUCAAUGCAGGUACAAAGUUGGUAACGUCCAGAUGUACAGAAUGAAGAAAAACAAAACAGGCAAGAUGAAGAAGCAUCUUGCACCUUUAUAUGUAGGUUUGACUUCGGUGGUCAAUUAAUUUCAGGUAAUACAUUUCACUGAAAAUGUGCACUCACCAAGAAAUUUGAAGUUCAUGGAAGUAAAAAAAAAAAUAAACCAGGAGGUGUACUUAGCAGCUUCUCUGUCUCUCUCUAGAGACCAUAAAUACAAGUGUAGUAGACAGAGAAUUGCAUAUUUAUGUUUUCCAGGAUUCAACCAUUCUCUGAUUUAUGUCUCCGGGCUUGGAUAUGCCACACACUACAGCUCUGUCUCUGAAGAGUAAUUGUCUCUUGUCUGUAAAUUAUUAAUAAGGUGACACAUUUGCAGUGCAUCUUGUUGACUGUUAGCAAUUUUACGCACUUGUCUGAGACAAAAAAAGUGCACUACAAUAACGGAACAUUGUGCUUUUCAUGCAAAGGCCAUCUGCCACAAUGAAGAUUUGCCAGUGAUCAUAGUGACUUAAAAAUGGUUAAGGAAAAAUGUUUACCAAAUUUCCUGAACUAUUCUUUCUGUUUAAUUUGCCUUAUAUUUUAAUUUCAGUUUCGACUGCACAUUUUGCCUUGGAGAAAUUGAAUUAUUCACAAUAUUAUUCAAGGAAGGACCAUAUUGUAUUUAGGAUAACUGAGUGAUCAGUUUCUAGUUCAGCUUGAGUCCAGUAUUUCAUUGUGGGCUGGAACCACUGAAGAGUGAAUCCCCAUUUGCUCUUAAUAAGUAAAAUAGCGUGGCCAUGCAAUGCUAGAUGGUGUUAUUGAUUCACUCAUUAAGAUUUACUUCUUAAUGCUUUUCUACCAUUUUUACAGCUUUUUGUAUUCUUUUUAAUCAUUAUUUUUUACUGAUACAUGUAAGCAAAUGUUAAUGCAUAAGAACAGGAUCAGGCUAAAUUAAGCUACGUCUGUUACAGUGUGUUUUAUCUCUUUUUUUUUCUUUCUUUUUUUCAAUUCCCAAAUUGAAUCUUUAUGAUCUGUUCCUAAACUGGGAUGGCUGGCAGUUUGAGUUGCACUGGCAAAAAGGAAAAAAAAAUAAAUAAACAUUCCCGGGUGAACUGUGAUUCACAAAGAGCAAGAGAGGAAAGAAAACACUGAAGAAAAGCCUGUCUCCCUGUCAGUCUCUGAAAUGAAAUGGAUGUGUAAUUUAUUAUCUAGAGAGACCCGCUGUAAGCAGAAGAGCUGUGUACGUGUCGUGGUAGAUUGUGAGUUGUAGUAUGUUAAAUGACAGCCUGACUGGGUGAGAGUGAACGCCCUGCUCAGAUCUACUGUCAGACUGUCACUGGGUUGACGUACUGUACUUGUAGAGAUCAUUGUUUUAACCACUGUUAUUGAUACUACUGUAAAGCCUUUGCAGAUUGCUUGUGUGUUAAUUUAUUAAUUUAUUGUGUGUUUUACAGUUGAUAAUUGUAAAAAAAAAAAAAAAAAAAGGAAAAAACAUCAACCAAACAAGGAAACCUUCACUCUACUAACAUUGAUGUAUGCAAACUGUCUCGAUUUUUUGAAGCAAUAUGAGAUGAAAUGAUGCCAGUGUGACGGUAAUGUGGUACAGCUAAUUUGGGAUACACAAGAAUACAAGACUUUGUUAUUCCUGUAUUAUGGUAGACUUAAACUGUGGACAUAGAAUAAAUCAAGAAGUGAAA